GUUGAGUUCUACACGCACGUUACUUAAUACACCUUUGAUAAAAGGCUAAUCAUAAUAUCUGAUAAGUGAUUUUUACCAUAGUAUAUUGUGAUUUGUUGUAAUAUCAUAUAGUGAUUUGUUUUAGAAGACGGCAGUAAACGAGGCAUAGUCAUGCGCUAUGAAACAGUAUCGGACCGCUAUGCGGGGAAAUGUGUUUUUAUCACUGGAGGAACUGGUUUUCUUGGAAAGGUCCUUUUGGAGAAACUGCUGUAUGCCUGCCCUGAUAUCGACAGAAUAUUUUUAUUACUUAGGAAUAAGAAAAAUUUGAGCGCUGCAGAACGUUUAAAGAAUAUGCUGGAAUUACCGCUCUAUACAAGAUUGAAAAAAGAGAAACCAUCAUAUUUAAACAAAAUAGUUCCGGUGAUCGGUGACAUUUGUCUGCCUCAACUGGGACUGUCUACUAAGGAGGAAAAGUUGUUAAUAGAUUCGGUAUCCUUCGUAUUUCAUUCCGCAGCUACAGUUAAUUUUAAUGAUGAAUUAAGAAAAACAUAUAACAUAAACGUAAAGGGCACAGAACGAGUACUAGUGCUAUGCAAACAAAUGAAAAAACUUGAGGCAUUAGUGCAUGUAUCAUCAACGUAUGCAAAUACACAUCAAGAAAUUAUUGAAGAAGUUUUAUAUCCACCUCCUGCACCUACGUGGAAGGUCAAUGACAUAUUAUGUGAAGAUAGUUUUGACGUUGAAGAAGUACAGUCAUUAUUAGAUAACUAUCCCAACACAUACACAUUCACAAAAUCACUAGCUGAAAACAUUGUCGUCGAGAAGCAUGGGGGCGUCCCAGUAGUGAUUGUGAGGCCAUCUAUUGUUUCAGCAAGUAUCGAAGAGAUACCAGGGUGGGUUGAUAAUUGGAACGGCGCAUCAGCACUUAUGGCGGCGUUAGCUAAAGGAUUAAACCGAUCCAUUUUAGGUCACAGUUCCAUCGUCUUAGACCUUAUACCUGUGGAUUAUGUGACGAAUCUUCUCAUAGUUGCAGGAGCCAGGUGUCAAUUGAAUUCCGAGACACUUAUAUACAACUCAUGCAGCAGUUCUGAAAACCCAUUGAAGAUAAGUAAAUUUGCGAACUUGGUAAUGGAAGACAGUGUAAAACAUGGAUUCAAUGAUAUACCGUGCCCAAAUUUAAUAUUUACUCAGUCAAAACUGAUAUUAUGGGUUUUAACGGUGCUACUACAAACAAUUCCAGCAUAUAUUGCUGAUAUUAUUUUGAAGCUCUUCGGAAAGGAAGCAAGAUACAUUAAGAUCCAAGCGAAAACCUUAGUCGUGCGGAAUGCCUUGGAAUACUUCACAUCUCAUUCUUGGAGAUUCAGAUCAAAACAUACACAAGAAUUGUAUGCUGCGCUGUCUGAUAUGGAUCGAAAGAAAUUUCCAUUCAGUGCAGCUAGUAUUGAAUGGGAGAAGUACAUACCCACUUACUGUGCCGGGAUAAGAAAAUAUCUUUUUAAUCUAAAUGUUGAUUAUAUAUCAUAAGUUAAGUAAAAGUAAUUACACCGAAUUAUAGUUCUAGUAUUUGAGAAUUAUUAUAGAUAAUGGUUAUUUGUAAAGUUUAGCAUAAAGUUAAGUGGUGUAGCCAUUGCCAUUUUUGAGAUUAAAGGAAUAAAUUGUUUUAAGAAUACCUAAGAUCUUUAUUUAAAGCCUCAAACUUUCAAGCUUCGAUAUGUACUAGAUUAAAGCUAAUUAAUUGGCUAAAGAAAUAACAUUAUACAUAUAUUCGGAUAUGAGAUCUUUAAAGCGUACAUAGACUUUACUUACGUAAAACUUUGCUGAGUGUAAGCUUAGCAUUAUCUGUGAUUCCAUUUUUAUAGUCAUUUGACAGCAGAAAUUAUACUGAGCUUGAGCUAAGACAGCCCAAUGUAGAACACUCAGCUAAGUUUUCGUAAGUAAGGUCUGAGCAAAGUCAAAGUACGCUAAUUUUUAUUGAAGUAGGCGUUACUAUGCGGAAAUCCAUAAUUAUACAAAUGAUUUAAGUUUUCUUUAGUGUUAAUUCUGGCAUUCUGACAAAAGUCUCGUGCCAGAUUUUGGCGAGACAUCACGUCCUGAGGAUGCAUCGUGUAGAGGCGAAACCCGUGUCGAAUUGUUUAAAGACAAAUAUUGGCGGAAUUAACACCAAAGAAAACUUAAAUCAUUUGUCUAAGUACGCUUCAUAGAUCUCAGCCUUAGUUGUAUUUAACCUCUAAUAUACCAUCAACCCGGCGCGCCCGCAGAAGCUAGAUGCUGAGCUGUUUUGGCGCCAAUCCCAGCGCCGGCCACUUGAGAAGCUAUAUCCACUUGAGCUUACAAUAGUUGAGGUACCAUUAUGCGGUUUAUGUUACGGGUUGCUAGAUAAACAUGCUUGGUUAUUGUAAACAAAAAACGUGAUUUAUGAUAGAAUCGUGCUGUGAUAUUGCUGCGGUUAUCGAGAAUUAUAAUAUGAUUUAGCCAGAGUAUCGUACGGAGGCGGUAAAAUGCCUCAAUGUGCCUUUAAGAACUGCGGAAAUAGCUGUCAAUGAAAGGUUUUAGAAGGAUAUUCUUGCUUUGGGCUAAUAAGUGACAAUUUCUGUUCUAUACAUAAUCUUAAUGUAAUAUUAAUAGUAAUAAUAAAAGUAAUUAUUUCAGAUAAGUA